AUGGGCGGCUUACUAUCGACUUUCCGAACUGAAUUGCCGUUAGAACAUCUGCGCGCGGUUUGCAAAUAUCUGGAUGCAACCCUACUCGCAACAUUUGGAGACCGCUAUUUUGGUCGUUUACAUCUGAUACCCACACCGACGUCCCUCGACAUUUUGACGCAGAUUUCUACGCAAGGCCGCUUUUGGGGUCCUCGGCAGACGCGAGCUCGGGCUGCAGUCAGACGGACCAAACCGCAGUUGCGCGUUCUGAGUGAGACUGAGCGUCCAUACCCUGAUCCUUCGUCGCCAGAACAAGAAGUAGCUAAUGUUUGCGCUGAACUCGUGCGCGGUGAACAAUUCCGGGAACAGCUCACAACAGCGCUUCGAAGUCUCAAAGUUCAACGGAUCGAGGUGCAAGGAUGGCCGAGGAAUCCUUCUCUAGUUCUCGGACUCACGGAACUGAUGCACACCACGGGCAGAAAUCCUUUUGAAGACAACUUUUCUGGCAUUUCACCUGCCUGGGAGUACGAGACGUUGAAUAUGGUGACACGCAUGACGGAACUAGUAUUUUCUGCUGUCAAGGGAAGCGAUACGCCUUUACUCGCCAUGAUUGUCGAUAGGAUCCAGAUCGAUCAGCUCAAACUCACUCCCGACCUUGGAAGCAAUCUCCUGCACCUCAAACAUGUCGAGUUCAGCAUCGCAUUGUCAGAUCAAAGCCUUCAGUUUUCAGAUCAGAAAAGGCGAUUUGAUCUUUUUACUCUGGUUAAUCAUUUGCUCUGUCUGGAACAACUUUCUUUGUCAAAUUGUCCAUACACCAGAACGAUUGGGUACCACUGAAUGAUGCUCUAAUGCACAUUCACCCUCAAAAAGUCAGAAGACUUUGUCUAGGCUUAUUCUGGGAUGCUGCACCGCAAGUGGUGGACUAUUUGAACAACUCCUUACCGAAUUUACAGGAUUUAGAGCUUCAAUUCACCACAAGCAAAGAUGGCAACAAAGCAUGGAACGAGAUGUUUUCUGGACUACGAGAUGUCCUGUCUUUGGAGCACCUGAGCAUUGAUGUCGAUGGUCAUAUAGGUUGCUCGCUACGUAUUGGUAAUA